AUGUUCAUAUUCUCCAAACUUCGAGAGGUGGUCUGGGGAAAGCCCGCCGCCACCAAGGCGGAACGAAAGCUUUUGGUCAAGCUUGACUUGGUUAUUCUAUCCUUUUGUUGUCUGAUGUAUUGGGUCAAUUAUCUUGAUCGCAUGAACCUGAACAAUGCAUAUGUGACUGGAAUGAGAGAAGACUUGCACUUUCGCGGCAACCAAUUAAACAUUGCCAACACAGUUUUCUAUGGUGGCUACGUUUUGGGACAGGUCCCGAACAACAUCGCGCUACAAAAGCUCCCUCCUCGUAUUUAUUUCCCGGCGUGCAUGGUUGCCUGGGGCUUGCUCACUUUGGGAACUGCGUUUACUCAUCAUCCAUGGCAAAUCAUGGUCAUCAGAUUUUUUCAAGCCGUCUUUGAGUCGUCUACAUUUGUCGGCUGCCAGUAUAUUCUCGGAAGUUGGUACAAGCCGGACGAGCUCGGCAAAAGAACUGCGAUCUUUACUAGCAGCGGUUUGGCUGGAACAAUGUUCUCUGGAUUUAUGCAAGGAGGAAUUCAUCAGAGUCUUGAUGGUGCUAGGGGUCUUCCUGGCUGGCGGUGGUUGUUUAUCCUGGACUUCUGCAUCACAAUUCCAGUGGCCAUUUUUGGGUUUCUCGCCUUCCCAGAUACCCCAACUUCGACAACUGCAUGGUGGCUCAGUGAAGACGAGAGGAAGCUCGCUAUCGAGCGACUUCCUGAAGUCAAGAAACAACGUGGUGUGCUGGGUUGGAAUCUGAUCUCGCGUAUCUUGCGGACAUGGCAUUGGGUAGGUUUCAUUCUGCUUUGGAUAUUCGGCAGCAACACCGAGAUGUUCUCAAGCAAUGCUAUCAUGAAUCUGUGGCUCUCAUCAACAGAGAAAUACACCGUGUCACAAGUCAACUACAUCCCUACCGGUGUAGCAGGUGUAGGAAUUAUCACCACCCUUUCCCUUGGCUGGUAUUCGGACUUCACCAAACGCCCGUGGCAUGUGGGGAUUUUCCUAGCCUGCACUGCCAUUUUGUCUGGAGCGAUUAUGCUGCGACCCCCAUCCACCGGAGCCAAAUUCUUCGCAUUGUUCUUGAAUGGUUCCCAGUACGCUGGCCAGACUGUGUUUUUUGCCUGGGCAAAUGCGGCCACUGGAGAUGAUGACGCGAAACGAGGAGUAAUUCUCGGUGCUAUGAAUAUGUUUUCAAUUGCAGUCUACAUGUUCUGGUCACUGCUAUUUUACAGCACAACUCAGGGCCCGGACUGGAAAGAGGGUAGCAUUGCAAUGAUAUGUAUGGGGCUAGCCUUGCUUAUCACGACAAUUGGCGUCAAGUACUUGGAGAGGCGAGACAAGCAGCGGAUGGAGGUUCAUGAUGGCGUUCAAACAACUGUCGGUACCAACGAGGUGAAAGAUAGUAUCGACAUUGAUAGGUCUAGAGAAAUUAAGGAGUAG